AUGGAUGUGGGCGGAUCUGAUCUGCCGUUUGAGGGUGGCCUGCUGCUGAGUCCCGAACCCGAUAAGUCCAGGCGCUCACCGCUGCCUUCCUUCUCCGGACUAGCCAACAACAAUCAACGCGCACGAAACCGGAAUAGCGACGCCCCGUUUGGAAGCCAGCUGCCCUUUCAGGCAUUUCAUGAGCAGCUCGAGCAGCAUCGUCGUCAGGGCCAGUUUUUUCAAAUCGGCCGCGGACAACAACAACAAGAACAACAACAUCAGGAACAACAGCAGCAGCAGCAGCAGCAACAGCAGCAAUCAGGAUUAAAGGCACGGAAGCAGCAUCGGGACGACUACGAACAUGAAAGCAGCGAAAGGCAGCAGCAGCAGCAGCCUCCAGCAAAAACCGCUCGACUGCGACCAGAGCCGCUCCCAGCGGCCUCGUCGCGGUACCCGUCCUCGGCUCCUCAUCAGCACAGCAGCGGCGCAGGCAGGCUGACCCAUGGGUCACCUAUCGGACGUGACAGCGCCGAGGACGGGGGCGGCGACGGUAGCGGCGGCAGUGGUGAUGCCAGCAUCGGCAUGCUGGCUUACCUCAUCAGCAGCGGUGUGCUGGACGAUGCCGUGGUGGAGGACUCCCCAGGGCAGCCCCGACUGCGGGAGGGCGCUGUGGCGCUGCAGGCAGAGACCCACCUUGGGGCGAGCUGGAUGCAGGACCCCAAAGGCGCCUCGUGGGGCCUUAUGGACGAGCUGCACAGGGAGGGCCUCAGUGCCAGCACUUGCCCGCGCGUGUGGCUGCGGCCCACCCAGGUGCCACUGCCCUGCCAGCCAGUGGACGCGCUGAUGGCCUUCCUGGCGCACCUCUCCGCCAUGAACCAUGGGUCAUCAUCAUUAUCAUCAUCAUCCGGGUCACCAGCGCUCCAAGGCAACAACAACAACAGCAGCAGGAAGCCCCAGCACAUGGGCUCCCCCUCCCCCUCCGCCUCCGCAUCUCGCCACGCCUUUCCUGUUUGCUGUUACGGAGUAGUCGUAGCCGCGUCCAGUCUGAGCCGUCGGCCGUACAGCCGCGUGUUGGUGUGUCCACGCUGUGGUACGGCAGUGGAGGUGUUGGACGAGCGGGGAUUGCCGCCGGGCGGGGGUUGCAGCUGUGGCGGGGGCUCGGGCUGGGGCGAGGGAAUUCUGGGGUUUCCUCCGACAUGGGGCCCCGGGGGGGAAGAGGACUUCCAGGAGGAUCUGUCGGGACGUGUGAUGGUGGACGUCCAGGACCUCUGGCUGGGGCCGCUGGGCUCCCCUUCCUCGCCUUCCUCCUCCUCCUCCUCCUCCUCGCCCGCCCCGGAGGGGGCCACCGGCGGGAGCUGCUUCUUCACGCGCCUGGCCGCCCUCAAGAUCACCUGCGAAGAUGACCUGGCGGGGAUAGCCAAGGUUGGGGACGUGGUACGAGUGGUGGGACUCGUAAGACUCUUCGGUCCACCUGCUACCGGCCGCAGCACCUCCGCCGCGGCUGCUGCCGGCUCCGCCGCCGCCGCCCCACUCCGCUCCGCCGCCGCCGCCGCGGCAACAGCUGAGCUAGAGGCCCUUUCCAUCAGCCAAGUCAGCCCCUUAACGCUCUGGGCUCGGCCCGGUGCCGCCGGCGGCGGCGGCGGUGGCGGCGGCGUCGCCGCUGCCGGCGGUCUGGUGGUAUCCCGCAGCCGUCAGCCGCUGCAGCUGCUGUGCGACCUGCUGACUCAGCUGUUGAAGCGAACCGAGGACCCGCUAGUCAAGUUAGCGCUGCUGCUCAGUGCCGUAUCUGUACCGGGACCCCGGGGGCCGGUCCAGGAGGGGCCCGGGGGCGCCUCUUCAGACGGCUUCACGAAGGCCGCCGGGGCGCCUCCUCGCCUACUGAGCGGCGCCUCCAACAGGCUCCCAGAAGAACGAGUAAGAGAAGGAGGAGGAGGAAGAUGGAGUGAUGAGAGUGCCGGUGCAAGCAGGUCGCAGCUGAGUCUCCUGAUGGGGAGCGAGGCCCCGGCGGAUCCCCUGGGGCCGCGACUGCUGCGGGCCGCUGCGGCGUUGCUCUGCCCGCACACCGUCGUACUGGGCGGCGGCGCGUCCGGGGGGCUGCUGGACGACCCGAUGGCGGCCCGGCUGCAGGCCAGCACUGGCCGGGCGGAUGUGGAGGGUCUGGCGGGCGGAGUGGCCCACGGGUCGGCGCUGCUGACGGUGGGUAAUCGCGGCAUUGUGGUGGUGGAGGCGGAGCAGCUCUCAGCCAAACACAAGGCACAGCUAUGCGACACUCUCAGCAAGCCGGUAGUUACCCUGGCCCCUGGCCGGCCCGAGCUAUCCAUACCCGUCACCGCCACCGUAUGGGCAUCCGCCUGCCGUCACGCAACCUCUGACGGCGGCGGCGCCGCCAGUAGCAUGUACGGCAGCCGGGGGCGCCGCGGCGGCCGCGGUGCUUACGGCGGCGGUUUCGGUCCAGUCCCCGGCAGUUGCCGCGGCGGUUGGUCCGGUUUGGACGAGAGCAGAUUCGAUGUGGUCUUGGAGCUGCCGCCGAAUGAUGACGUGGCGGCGACAUUUGCUUUAGAUGCAGGUUCACUCGGCGAAGGAGCUGCAGCUGCCGCAGAUGGCCUGGACGAGGUGUACAUGCGCGAUGCGUUGCGGUCCCACGUGGCGGCCGCGGCGCUGAUGUCCCCGAGUCCGCAGCUGAGUGACGCGGCCUUGGAGCUGCUGAUGAGAUACUACGUGGCAGUACGACAGUCGGGAGUGCAGGUGACGCAGUCCGAGGUGCUCCGAAGCCUGGUGAAGCUGGCUACGGCCUCAGCCCGACUACACCUGCGGUGUCAGGUGCUGGAGUCGCCUGACUGUGUGCUGGCGGUGCUGCUGAUGGAGCGGACGCUGUCAGGGCGCUUCGGGGACUCGUACAUGGGGCUGGGGUUGCCGCCAAUGCCGGAAGGCACGGGGCUCGGGGAUGAGGGUGAGGGCGACGAGUCCAUGGAAUGGCAGCUGGACGGCGGCGGCGGCGGCAGCCAUGCUGACAGUGUCGACGCUUCGCUUCAAUGCAUGAAGGGGACACUGGCGCGAUGCCUGCGGGGCUUCACGCCAAUCGACUGGCAGGUGACGGAGUAG